AUAUAAAGCGGUCGCGAUCAACACGGCACAUCAUCAGUCUCGCUUUGGUCGAUCCAAACCAGCGAAAAAUCCAUUCAAGAAUGGCGUUCAAGUUUAUCGCUUUCGCCGCCCUCGUGGCCACCGCCAACGCUGGUGUUCUCGCGCCUGCCGCCCCCUUAGCCUACGCCGCGGGCCCCGCGGUAGUCGCCGCCCCCGUCGCCAAGGCCGUAGUGGCUAAAGCCGUCGACGCCGACUUCGACCCGCAUCCCCAGUACAGCUAUGCCUACGACGUGCACGACAGUUUGACCGGUGAUGCCAAGAGUCAGCAGGAGACUCGCGACGGCGACCUCGUUCAGGGUAGCUACUCUCUCUUGGAGGCUGAUGGAACCAGGCGCACCGUCGACUACACCGCUGACCCAGUCAACGGAUUCAACGCCGUAGUCCGCAAGGAACCCGCCGCCGUUGCUCCGGUCGCCGCCGCUCCUGUCGCACACGUCGCGCACGCCGCGCCCCUCGCUUACGCCGCCCCGGUCGCCAAGAUCGCCGCCCCCGUCGCCAAACUGGCUGCUCCAGUCGCGGCUGCCCCCUUCGCCUACGCUGCUCCCGUUGCCAAGCUAGCUGCCCCGGUCGCGGCUGCCCCCCUCGCCUACGCCGCUCCUGUAGCUAAGAUCGCUGCCCCUGCCGUAGCCCAUGUCGCGCACGCUGCACCCCUCGCUUACGCCGCGCACGCUGCCCCCGUUGCGUAUGCAACGCAUGCAGCCCCCAUCGCAUACGCCGCGCACGCAGCCCCCUACGCCAAGAUCGCUGCACCCGCCAUCUCCUAUGCCGCCCCCGCAUCCGCCAUCUCCUAUGCCGCCCCCGCACCCGCCAUCUCCUAUACCGCCUCCGCACCCGCCAUCUCCUAUGCCGCCCCAGCUGCCUAUAUCCAUUGAUCGCGUGUUGACCACGCCCGCCUACAUUGUCGACUCAGGCCGAACUUAUUUAUUUUUAUAUCAUGUAUAUGUUUUUCCUAUGACUGAUUAAAGAAAUUACACACUUA